AUGGAGGAUGAGAGGAUGCAAGGAGACGAAGGAGAGGAGACGUGGAGCUCUAAGCACCAGAUUAAACUGGAGGCCGUCAGCUUCCAGACCUCCGGUCCCCUUCACUCCAGUCCAGACCUCCGGUCCCCUUCACUCCAGUCCAGACCUCCGGUCCCCUUCACUCCAGUCCAGACCUCCGGUCCCCUUCACUCCAGUCCAGACCUCUGGUCCCCUUCACUCCAGUCCAGACCUCCGGUCCCCUUCACUCCAGUCCAGACCGCCGGUCCCCUUCCCUCCAGUCCAGACCUCCGGUCCCCUUCACUCCAGUCCAGACCGCCGGUCCCCUUCACUCCAGUCCAGACCGCCGGUCCCCUUCCCUCCAGUCCAGACCGCCGGUCCCCUUCACUCCAGUCCAGACCGCCGGUCCCCUUCCCUCCAGUCCAGACCUUCGGUCCCCUUCACUCCAGUCCAGACCUCUGGUCCCCUUCCCUCCAGUCCAGACCGCCGGUCCCCUUCACUCCAGUCCAGACCGCCGGUCCCCUUCACUCCAGUCCAGACCUUCGGUCCCCUUCCCUCCAGUCCAGACCGCCGGUCCCCUUCACUCCAGUCCAGACCUCUGGUCCCCUUCACUCCAGUCCAGACCGCCGGUCCCCUUCACUCCAGUCCAGACCUCUGGUCCCCUUCACUCCAGUCCAGACCUCUGGUCCCCUUCACUCCAUUCCAGACCUCCGGUCCCCUUCACUCCAGUCCAGACCGCCGGUCCCCUUCACUCCAGUCCAGACCUCUGGUCCCCUUCACUCCAGUCCAGACCGCCGGUCCCCUUCACUCCAGUCCAGACCGCCGGUCCCCUUCACUCCAGUCCAGACCGCCGGUCCCCUUCACUCCAGUCCAGACCUUCGGUCCCCUUCCCUCCAGUCCAGACCGCCGGUCCCCUUCACUCCAGUCCAGACCUCUGGUCCCCUUCACUCCAGUCCAGACCUUCGGUCCCCUUCACUCCAGUCCAGACCGCCGGUCCCCUUCACUCCAGUCCAGACCUCUGGUCCCCUUCACUCCAGUCCAGACCUUCGGUCCCCUUCACUCCAGUCCAGACCGCCGGUCCCCUUCACUCCAGUCCAGACCGCCGGUCCCCUUCACUCCAGACCAGACCUCCGGUCCCCUUCCCUCCAUUCCAGACCGCCGGUCCCCUUCACUCCAUUCCAGACCGCCGGUCCCCUUCACUCCAGUCCAGACCUCCUCUACAUAUUCAGUUUAUGA